UCCUAGUGCAGCCCCGGUGCAGGAAUGGAAAACAAACUUUACGUCUGACGCACACGACUCGCGUGUCGCGAGCUGUCGGCCGUCUGUUUCUCCUCCGUCGCGCUGAAAGUUAAACACAUAGAGAGCAUCACCGGGCGAUAAUAAACUUAUUCGCGGAUUCGACGAACGACCGGUUGUGUAAGGGGGGUGAGAGGGAAGAGGGAACUCGAAGAAUCGCAAGGACACGCGGCAAGUGCGGCCGAGAACGCCGACGAUUACGUCACUUGUGUCGACAGUGGCGCGUAUCGACUAAUCGAAACGUCACUGCUCUAAUCCCGCGAGACUCAUGGGUCGACGGGCGGUCGUUGGCGGCGGUGGUCGAUGAUUAUCGCGUUGGAAGUGACCCACCUGACGUGACGGUGAGCUCUCGGCGGCUCCGAACGUCGCCAAUUGUCGUCCGACCGCGCGCGCGCGCUAGUAAGGGCUCGCGAAUGAUGGCGUAACGACGAGGAAGCCGCGUCGAGAUGAACCGAACAGCGAGGUCCGCGGGCCCCAGGGGUGGCCUCUACGUCGUCGAAGGCGAGGUCUGCCUCCUGGUGACGGCGAUGCGACGAGGCGCCCGAUGGUCGUCGCACUCCCAUCAGGAUGACGAUCAGGAUACUCUCAUAAAGGGCUUGAACACUUUGAAGGAGGCGCUGAACGAGCCGAGAGAUCUGUCUCAGUUGAAACCUGGAGUUUUCCUCGCUCCCUUCCUGGAAAUUAUAAGAUCAGAGGAGACCACAGGGCCGGUGACCAGCCUGGCGCUGUCUGCUGUUAACAAGAUCAUUUCUUACGGUCUUGUUGAUUUCAAUCAUCCCGCGAUAGCAUCCUGCGUGGAGGCAAUCGCCGAUGCGGUCACGCACGCCCGAUUCGUGGGCACCGACGCGUCCGGCGAUGGGGUGGUCCUCAUGCGAAUCCUUCAGGUUUUGCGCGCCCUCAUGCUGUCACCCGCCGGCGACUACCUCUCCAACGAAAGUGUAUGCGAGAUUAUGCUGAGUUGUUUCAGGAUAUGCUUCGAAACACGGCUCAGCGAAAUACUCAGGAAAACGGCGGAACACUGUCUGAGGGACAUGGUGCAGCACUUGUUCACCAGAUUGCCGCAGUUCGUCGACGAUACCAGAGCUCUGCCGAAUAUGAAGAAAAUGAGAACGAACAGUAUGGAGAGUACCCGAAGCAAGAACCGGAAGCACAAGAGCUACAUAAAGCAGAAGUCCAAGUCCGCCACGGACGACGUCGACGACAAAGAGCCGCAUAUCCUUAGCUCGGUCGACGGAAUACGAGCUGCCGGGCACCUGGCUAGCACCCCCGUCUCGCCGGUCGGGAAUAUUGUCGACAUGCAGGGGUCCUUGGAUCACGGGAGUGCCGAUAAGAACGAGGACGAGAAAAGCGACGGGAAGGUGAACAGUGGCAAAGACAACGGUGGUAAGAACGAGUGCGGCAAAGCGGUGGAUAACCAAGAAGCGAGCAAGAAGCAGGAAGACGAUAAGGAAGCGAGCAGCAGAGAAGUUAGCGGCGAGGUAGAGGCAGCGAGCGAGGCGAAUAGCACUUCUGAGAGCGCCGACGCGGAGAGUAAUAAAGCUGCACCUCGCGAAGAAACCAAAAACGCGGGAAAGGAAGACACGUCUGAACAGAGGAGCGCGGCGAACGACGCGACCGAAUCCUCCGCCAAACAGUCCGUGUCAGAGAGUCAAGGUGACGAAGAUAAGAGCAUUGACUUGACGCAGUCUCCGGUGGGCAGCGUGGAAGAUCUGUCCAUUGACGAGACCACGUCCAAGACUUGCAAGACGAAGGAGCCGGAGCAGAUAGAGGAGUACGUGAAUACUCAGGGUGUUCGUUUCAUGCCGCUGCAACAACGCGCACCGUACGGCGCAUUAUGCGUGCGGGAGCUGUUCAGGUUUCUCGUCUCCUUGUGCAGCCCCCUCGACAAGCAGAACAACGAAAUCAUGACCCACCUGGGUCUCAGUUUGCUGCAAGUGGCGUUGGAAAUCGCCUCCGACGCUCUUUCCAAUUUCUCGUCGUUACUCGCCCUCGUGAAGGACGACUUGUGUAGAAAUCUCAUCUUGCUACUCGGAACAGACAGACUGUCGAUCCUUGCCGUAGAUCUUCAAGUAUCAUUCCUGCUAUUCGAAUCGCAAAGGGAGCAUCUGAAAUUCCAAUUCGAGCACUACCUAACGAAAUUAACGGAGAUAGUGAAUUCAGAAUCUAAUAAGAUAUCCUACGAGCAACGGGAGUUGGCGCUUGAGGCUAUAGUUAGAUUGUGGAGAAUACCCGGCUUGCCCGCUGAGUUGUAUCUGAAUUACGAUUGCGGGCUUUAUUCUACGAACAUGUACGAGGAACUCAUGAAGAUGUUUUCCAAGAACGUGUCCGUGCCUACAGCCGGCAUGUACAGCAUGCAGUUCAUCUCCUUGGAUGCGAUAUUAAUGCUGGUCGUCGGCAUGGAGAUCCGUUGCAAGGGCAAGUCGUGCAAGCCGUCGCGCCACGAGGCGUCGCUGAAUCUUCCCACGCGCGAAGACCUGCUCGCCACGAAGGCGGACAAACGCUGGCUGGUCCUCGGCACAGAGAAGUUCAACGAGAACCCGCGCGAGGGUAUCGCGAAGCUCACCGAGCACGGUCUGCUGGGCGGUACUCCCGGCCAAUCGGAUCCGGAGAAAGUGGCGAAGCUGCUGCGGGAGAAUCCUGGCCUGGACAAGAAGGCGAUAGGCGAGUACAUCAGCAAGAAGGAGAACAAGAACAUUCUCAACUAUUUCGUGCACAGCUUCGACCUGAGGAACACCCGGAUCGACCAGGCCCUGCGACUUUAUCUGGAGUCGUUCCGGUUGCCCGGGGAGGCGCCUCUCAUAGCUCUUCUACUGGAGAAAUUCGCCGAGCAUUGGCACGACAGCAAUGGCAGGCCGUUCGCCUCGGCCGACGCUGCCUUUACAUUGGCUUACGCGGUGAUAAUGCUGAACGUCGAUCAGCAUAAUUACAACGUCAAGAGGCAAAACAAUCCUAUGACCGCCGACGAAUUCAAGAGGAACUUGAAGAAGGUGAACGGCGAUGCCGAUUUCGAUCAGGAUAUGCUCGACGAAAUAUACACGUCGAUUAAGGGAGAGGAGAUUGUAAUGCCGGCCGAGCAAACCGGAUUGGUGAAGGACAAUUAUCUGUGGAAGGUUUUGCUGAGGAGAGGUUCCGGGCCUGAAAGCGCGUAUUCGAAAGUAGGCAAUUCCGGCGAUUUCGUCGACAGAGAUCUGGCCGAAUACGCGUGGGGGCCGAUCGUCAGCGCUCUUUGUCGUGCCUACGACAAAGCGCCGGACAGAUCGUUGAAGUGCAAAGUGUCUCAAACGUUUCUCAGUUGCGCGGCGAUCAGCGCUCACUACAGCAUGUGCAGCGACCUGGACACACUCGUGGUGAGCCUGUGCAAGUUCACCGGCUUGAUAACCGGCGGGAAGCCCGAGCAGGUAGUGCAGCACCUCGGCGGGAGUGGGAAAUGCCAGCUGGCCGCGCUCACUCUCUUCAAGAUCACGCGUUUACACGGGGACGCUCUGCGAGCGUCCUGGAAGAACAUCAUCGACUGCCUGCAGUCACUCUACGAAGCGAGACUGUUGCCGAAAAACCUCACCGAGGCGGAGGACUUCAUCGAUCCGUCGGGCAAGAUAUCUCUGCUUCGGGAGCCGACCACGCCGAAGGUCUCGCCGGGCGAUCAAGGGAUAUUCUCUACCUUCUACUCGUACAUCGCGAUGGACACGUCGCGGCAGUCGCAUCCCGCUGAGGCGACUGUGCGGAAAAAGGCCACGGAGUUUAUCGCCAACUGUUACCUCAAGUCGAUCAUCGAGGAGAGCAAAUUCUUUCAGAGCGAGUCGCUGAAUUCCCUCGUCGGCGCCCUGGUGUCGGUGAAUCCCAGCGACGAGGACGUGUCUAUAUUCCUGCUGGAGUUGCUGCUGGAAGUGACCAUCCAGAAUCGCGACCGGGUGACGUGCAUCUGGCCGGUGGUGCAGAGUUACCUGGACCGUCUGUUGACGGUGGCCGCGCGGGAGAACCACCCUUACCUGCUCGAGAGGGUGGCGGUGGGCAUGCUGAGACUGGCCAUCCGGCUGUUACGCGGCGAGGAGUUCGCGUGUCUCUCUCCCCUGCUGCCCCUCACUCACCUGCCGUCGGCGACGACCUCGCCGUUGGCUCGGCAAAUCGCCUACGGGCUGUUCGAGCUCCUGAAGACCGGCGCCGCGAACAUCCACAGCGCCGAGGAUUGGAAGGUGGUGUUCAGCCUGCUGGAGUGCGCGGGCGCCGGCGCGUUGGCGCCGAAACGCUCCAACACUGUCCUGGACGAGACCGCGAGAGCGUCGGUGUUGGACCCGAGACCGAUCAGCCCCGUGCCGGAGUGGGUGCUGGUGUCGCCGACCGGCACCGAGGCGCCCCUCCCGGUAGCCGCGGAGAGGAUAAUACUGGCUCGCGAUCUGCAGCCGCACGACUCGCCGGCGUUCGUCAAAUGCUGCGAGAGCCUGAACUUCCUGGUGCGCGACAUGGCCCACGUGACGCCCUUCAACUUCGACCUCUGCGUCAACUGCGUGAGAACGUUCGCCGAGGCGGUGCUGCAGUGCGCGGGCAAGCGGAACCGGGUGUGCAGCUCGGCGGAGGAGUCGCCCGGCUAUCAGCACAGCCCCGAACAACUGUUGGACCUGAUGCACACUCUGCACACCAGGAUCGCCCAGGUGUUCCGUUGGUGGGCGGAGGAGGGCACCAUCGACGAGGGCAUAUCCCUGUGGCCGCAGGCCUGGCGGCCCCUGCUGCAGGGUAUCGCGCGGCUCUGCUGCGACGCGCGUCGCCUGGUCCGCACCGCCGCGAUCACGUGCCUGCAGAGCACGCUGCUGGCCCACGACCUGGCCCAGCUGUCGGCGAUCGAGUGGUCCCAGUGUCUCGAGGAGGUGCUCUUCCCGCUGCUGGCCCAGCUGCUGGACCCGAUCGCCUCGAACGACCCGAUCGGCGUCGAGGAGACGCGCGUCCGGGCCGCGAUGCUGCUCUCCAAGGUGUUCCUUCAUCAUCUGACGCCGCUGCUUACCCUAUCCGGCUUCCUGCCGCUCUGGCUCACCGUGCUGGACCUGCUGCGCGCUUACAUGCACGCCGACAACAGCGAGCUGCUCUUCGAGGCCAUCCCUGAGUCCCUGAAGAACAUGCUGCUGGUGAUGUCGUCCGCCAACGUGCUGGCGCCGAGCUCCAACCUCUGGGCGCCGACGUGGCGGGCGAUCGACGCCUUCCUGCCCAACCUCCGGGCGGAGCUCUUCCCGGAACCGCCGCCGGCCUCGCCCCCGCAGCAGUCCCAGAGCCCGCAGGUUAUCAGCUUGGUCGGGCAGCAGCAGCCGCCCACCUUCCCGGGACCCAUAGCGCCGCAGCCGGAGAGCGCGUCGCCGACCGACGUCGCGGCGAACGGCCAGGAUAACGCGAACACGGACAUCCUGCAUUCCGUUCCUUUGCCGUCGUUGGUCUUCAAUACCGAGGGCAAGGAGCCGCAGCAGGUGAUCACUCUGGUCAGCCAACCGGCGCCGAGCGUGUCGAGCCCGGUGGCGGUCCAGCCCGCCGCCCAGACCAUCUUCGACAUCUGCCACUCGGUGAAGAAUUCGGACAAGACGAGCGAGCGGCCGACGUCGCUUCCGGCGUCACCGCCGGCCGAAGAAGACGGAGGGAACGCGACGCGAACGAGCGAUCACGGUGAGCUCGCGAUGAGACGCUACGAGGAGUGGAGGCAGCAGCAGUAUCAGCAUCUGCCGGCGGAAAGUUCCUCCUACCGCACGGAUCCAUCUGAGACGAUGACCGUAGAUUCUACGGCGGCGACGAUGUUUAACUCCGCGGCGUAUUUUAGCGAGGAUCCCGCGGCGGAUCGUCUCUUCGUCGUCACUAAUCCUUGACCACUGUAUAUUCUCUAUGUAAAUUGUAUUGUAUAAAAUAUAUUUCUACACCACGCGCGCGUGAUCAUAUUCGCGUAGAUGGAGGGGAUUUCGCUGUCGCGAUUAUCCAUUACUCGAUGAGGGAGGGAUGCGAGAAAUAGAGACGACGCAGCAAUUGUUGUAUCUUUGGUUUGUAUAUUUGUCACUCAUAUGCAAAUAAUAUAUACAUGUAUGAGGAGCGAGAUGGACUCUUCUCGAUCCGCGCGCUCACCUGGGAUGUGAUUUAUGUGAAUGGGAGGGGGGGGGAUACAAUGUGACAUCAUUGACCGCAUUGGCCCACAUUAACCCCGAUGUUACUCCGGCAUCCACUUGCACUCGCAUUUUGGACACUUGUACUCGCCGAAACAGCGUUUCCUACCCUGCUACGACGUCAGGUUCGUGUGUGUACAUAUAUUGGUGUACAUAUAGGGAGGAAAUAUAUAUAUAUAUAUAUAUAUAUAUAUAUAUACACACAGACACACAGUGUCCCGAAAUUGGAUUGACAAAUUUCGAGUGCCUGUAGAGUCGCCAAAACAAGUAAUUUUUAUGAAUAAUCCAUGUUCACAAAUGAGCCGUUUUGGCACCAGAGUGAAUUAUUCACAGCGGUUGUUCGAAGUGCUGUCCAUUUACAUCAGCUUCCCUUAUAUCUAGCUUCUCUGUAAAUAACAUUACACACACCUGGAAAACCAGGAAAAGCCGUGAAAAUUCUUUAUGUCAGGGAAAAUCCCGGAAAAGUCGGGGAAAGAUAUAACAAUCUGGACAAUUCUUAACUUUGCUCACAAUUCCCUGAAAUGCUCCCAACCGUAUUCGUUUUUGCAAUAGUCAUUUAUUUUUCGUUAGCUUGAAUUUGCAUUCAGGAUUAUAUUAUGUUACUGAAUUUUCAACUUUGUGUUGCUUCCAAUUACCCCUCUUGCAAUCCCUACUUCUAAAUAUUAAAGUUUAAGAUUACACAUUGCUCAUGGGAAAUUCUCCACUGUCAUCUGGAAGAACAUGGGAAAGUCGGGGGACUUCAAAAUUCAUUUUCCGCGGCAAACCUGAAAGUGCCUAUCGGCCAGUUCGUCAAGAAGAAAAAUGUCCACUUUGAAAACGAGUUUUCUGAUAAACGAUAAAGAAACUCCGCGACACGCUGAAUUUGUGAUAUGAUAACAUACAAUACAAAUCCCACGUGUUUGAACAUCCCCAACAACUUUCAGUUUGAUAAAACAAUUUUUACCAAUGUCUCUUAUCAAGAGAUAGAACAAUCCGAAGAAAAACUGCCGAUAACUUUGUAUUGAAAAGUAAAUGGUCAACACUUGGAAGAACUGCUGUAAAUCCGCUCUAGUGGGAUAGGUUUGUCGGUAAAAAUUACUCGUUUCGGCACGGGCGCCGAAGUUCGUCAGUCCGAUUCCGGGACAUCCCGAAUAUACGUAACAUUACAGAAAUAAAUAUACAUAUAUAUAUAUAUAUUUAUUGUACAUAUAAAUAUGUAUUUAUACACACACAUACAUGAUUCCACAAUCAUGGUUCGCAUUAUCGAACCUCGCAUAAUCCUUGGUAGUGACAACGCGAUACACUCCUCGGCGUGACUGUCGGCGCUCACAGUAUCGUACUAUUAGUUGAACUUCAACAUCGUAGACGGGAGGGAUUUCUCUCGAACCGUCAAGUGUGCGAGCCGAAUUGUGAAUUUGAGCUUGACUUAUUAUACAAAAUUCGCUAUGCAGAGAGAGCUCGUUUCUCCGGAUUUCCGUCGUGCAAUUCUUACGUUUCCUCGACUCGAUAUGUCGACGUCGUCGUCGUCAGUAUGUACAUGCGCAAAUAAUACAUCGAACAAUAAAGUACGGAUAGGCACGUGCACCAGA